CUCGGUGGAAUAUAAAGAACCAAAUAAACUCCUUAUUUUCUGAUAUUGAAUGUAAAAGAUUAAAGCAAACCAGAUAAUUGUGCUUUAAAAUCUUGAGAAACAAGUAGCCUUUGCUUCAGUUAUGUCGCAUGACUGGGUCUCAUUUUAGGGACUGAAAUGCAAUACAGUACAAUUGCACAGAAUAUCUAGCGCUUAGCAUGUGACUGAGGUGGGUGUUGAGCUCUCUAUCGUCAGUCCAUGUUUACAAUUUUGAGAAUGAAACAAGCAUCUGUCCUCAAUGCGUCAGGGCAGAAAACAGCCCAGGCUUCUCGAGAGAACAUUGGGUGACUUUGUGCCAGAGCAGAACAUGAGUCUCUCUGUGGCUGAUGGGAGAUAACAAGCGCAAGAGAGAAAACACCAAACACGAGAUGGCAGCGGGAUGAUAGGACAAAGAUCUUCUUUGUGUGAUCCUCAAGGAGAGAUCUCAAGAACUCUGAAGAACUUUCAUGAGAACAGCUCACAACACAGAGGUCAUUUCUUUGCUUCUAUGGAUAGAGCGCUGGUUUGUAUGCUUGAUGCAGUGCUGUUAUCAUUGCAGGUAACCGAGAGAUCAUGGCCGGGAGACAGUUACAUCAUCUCUGGGUGGCAGCUGUCCUACUGACCUCAGGGGUGACUACAUGCUCGGUGAAAAAGAAUGGCACGUCUCUGACAUACAUUCCUGCUGAGGAAACUACAAACCUCACUGAACUCAUCCUGAGUUACAACAAAAUUGAGAUGUCCAGCUCGGAUAUAAAGGCCUUGCUACAGUAUCCCAGACUGAGGGAGCUUGAUCUCUCUCACAACCUCAUACAGACACUGUCACCGAGAGCUUUCGACAACCUCACAAACCUGGAGACUCUUAACCUGAGGGCUAACCAUCUACAAACCCUUCCUAAAGACAUCUUUAAAGGAUUACCUAAACUAAAGAUUUUGCAUUUGGAGGACAACCUAUGGGACUGCUCCUGCUCGCUCGCUAAUAUCAUCAAACAGCUCAAUAACUCUGGUGUAUCAACAGGUAGAGAAAUCACUUGUUAUACUUCAGAGAAACCGCCUGGUAAAAGAGUCUUAGAUGGAAAGUCUUUCUGCUCCAUUCAGCCCACAAAAGUCAAAAUAUCUGUGGAGAUGAACACUUCAAAUACAACAGCAACACCACUGCCCUUCAUAGAGCCGACCAACAGCAGUCAUGUCAACAGCUCAAACAAAGAGAUCAGUACUGGUGCUGCUGGGAAACCAACAGGAAGCAACAGCUGGAAGUUCCUCCUCGGUGUGGUAGUGAUCACCCUCAGCACUUCCAUGCUCAUCAUAUGUGCCGUCAAGUCACCUUCUUGGUACAAACUGCUCUUCAAUUAUCGUCACCAGAGGCUGCACGAGAACGUGGAGCCAAACGUCUUCAACACCGGACGCUAUUCUAACUUCAGUCUGGACACAGAACAGACAGAGACGAGCAUUCAAGAUCUUGAUGAAGGUCUGGAUCACACACUGAGCUUCCAGAAUCUGGAGGAUGAUGAUGGCUUUAUAGAGGAUGGCUACAUCGAGCCAGGAGGCUACAAAGAUCACACAGACAUUGAUGAAUCAUGAGUGACAUCACUGGCAGGAACGAGUAUGAGACAGGUGGAUGAAUACGUGGAAAAACACAAUCUAUGAUCACACACUGUGUGAGACUUUGGUGCAUUGGUGCAAUAUAACCUCAUAACAGAGCCAUAAACAAAUUGAACACAAGAUCACAACUGAAACUGCACAUGCAAGUAUCGCAACAUGUACUAUAAACAUACUUUAUUGUUUCUAUAACCCACCUUAAAACUACCCCUAUCUGUACGUUUCUUGCACUUUAUAAUAGGGAAUUUCAAACUGUGGUUACAGGUCUUAAAAUGUAAAAUGUUGUCAGUGAUACAUACAAUUUGUCCAAGGAAUGGAUGAAUAUUUCAACAGAAGUAGAUUUUAAGGUAUAAUGUGAAUGCACUCAGAUAUAGAGAAGUGUCUGCAAUGUUUUCACUGGUUUAUAAGAGCAGUUUUACUCUGAUAUCAGUCCAGUUUGCAGCUUCUGCCCUCUUGUGACACUUUACAGGAAUUUCAUCAACACUCAAAGGACAAAUCCUUCAGUAUUUACUGGUAAAGAGACAAAGGCACUUACUUUCUCCUUUCAGUGAAUAUAAUGUCCAUACUUUGAGCUUCUCUGUCAUUCUGUGCUCUUAGCUAAUGACAAAAAGAAAAAAUACAUUGAGCAGAAUAAAGAGGACGACAUUAUAUAAACUGUGUGUUCAAAUGACGUGAUCUCACCAUGAUGACAUCAUUUACAACUUCAUCCAUCUCUGUGUUUGUGUUCAGCUUGUCAACCAGCUGGUAAUUUGACAGACAACAAUAUUUAAAUAAUGAUGACAUCAUACAUCUCAAAAUGACAAUUAUAAGCUGUGGCUCCUGAUCACUGCCACUAUGUAUUUCUGUAUAACUUCUGAAUCAAAGAGUUAUAUUGAUUCUAAAUACAAACGCUUGUCCUGUCGUGUUUUUUAAUUAAUGUAA